CGGGUCAAGUAGCUUCUUCCCCCAAACAAACAAACCUCCUCAUCUUGGUUACCAUAUUCUUCUCCACUUCUUCUUGUACCUAAACCAGUAAUGGAAGUGGCGACAAUGGCUUCCCAUUUCUUCCCCACCACACGCCUACCAUCAAUCCCCAAUUCAAGAAACACCCGACCCGUAACCGCUUCUUUAUCAUCAUAUCCAUCUUCUUAUUCCUCCAUUAAACCCUCCUUAUCCACCAAUUUCAUCUCCCCGUACAUCGGCAACAGUGUUUCCAGCGACUUCUCCGGGCAUAAGAUCCGACCCGCUUCCCUCAACCCGUCUUCAAGAAAACGAGCCGGUGUUACUAUGGUGAUUCCUUUCUCGAGGGGAAGUGCCUGGGAGCAACCGCCUCCAGAUUUAGCAUCGUAUUUGUACAAAAACAGAAUUGUGUAUUUGGGUAUGUCUCUAGUCCCGUCUGUCACAGAACUCAUACUAGCGGAAUUUCUUUACCUACAGUAUGAAGAUGACAAAAAGCCAAUUUACCUUUACGUAAACUCUACUGGAACAACCAAGGGUGGUGAAAAGUUGGGCUAUGAAACAGAGGCUUUUGCAAUUUACGACGUUAUGAGGUAUGUGAAGCCACCUAUUUUUACGCUUUGUGUCGGAAACGCAUGGGGAGAGGCUGCCUUGCUAUUGGCUGCUGGUGCAAAGGGAAACCGCUCGGCUCUGCCUUCUUCAACCAUCAUGAUAAAACAGCCAAUUGCAAGGUUUCAAGGUCAAGCAACUGACGUUGAGAUUAUGAGAAGAGAAAUAAAGAAUGUGAAAACCGAAUUGGUGAAACUUUAUUCAAAGCAUAUUGGGAAGACAGAGGAGCAGAUUGAAGAAGAUAUAAGGCGUCCAAAAUACUUUAGUCCUAGUGAGGCUGUUGAAUAUGGAAUCAUUGAUAAGGUUAUCUACAAUGAGAGAGGGAGCCAAGAUAGAGGAGUCCUUUCGGACCUGAAAAGAGCACAGCUAAUCUGACAGCUGUCGAUUGGUAGCCAUGGCUGUGGUUUCAUUUUCAGCGGCUUUGGUGUAGCAGUUGUGAUUCGAUAAUCUAUAUAUGAUGGCAGUAGCUUUACUUGUUUGGGGCAUCCAAGAAAAUUUUAAUGUUUGCCGACACGGAUUUUGUUAAAUGCAGCGCAAUUUGUAAAAUGGAAGGCAGUUUAAACAUUAAAGUGUUCUUGUUAAUCCAAAAUCUUUUUGUUUGGGAAUUAAGACAUUAGGUGUUUCACCAUUAA